GGACCGGAUGCGUUAUGCAUCACCGCGGCCAUCGACUUCGACCCUCUUGUUCAAAUACGUAGCCGUCAGCCUUUCGGGUGCGCGAAGCAUGGCGUCUUCAGGCAGGUCUUACAAUGCAUGUCUCUCUCUCGCUCUCUCUCUCGAUGCGAUUGACAAGCUCAACGAGCUCCAGACGCCGUUCGCGGUGAUUGAAGCCCGUCGCAAGGCCGGCAUCCUGCCCGACUCGGUCCUGGGCAUCGCCAAGAUGAGGACAUAUCUCACACGAAUCGGAUACACACCCGCGGAUCUGGACCGCCUCAACAUCGUCCACGUCGCCGGCACAAAGGGAAAAGGCAGCACCUGCGCCUUCGUCGACUCCAUCUUGUCGCAGUACCAGCAGCGCCCCAACGGCGGCGGCGGCCCCCGGAAGACGGGCCUCUUCACGUCGCCUCACCUCAUGGCCGUGCGGGAGCGCAUCCGCAUCGACUCGCGGCCCAUCUCCGAGGAGCUCUUUGCAAAGUACUUCUUCCAGGUCUGGGACCGGCUCGAGGAGUCCCGCGACGCCCCGGACGAGGACACGCCGUUUGGCUCCAAGCCCGUGUACGCGCGCUACCUCACGCUCGUGAGCUGGCACGCGUUCCUGCAGGAGGGCGUCGAGGUGGCCGUGUACGAGACGGGCAUCGGGGGCGAGUACGACUCGACGAACCUCGUGAAGAAGCCGGUGGCGUCGGGCAUCAGCACGCUGGGCAUCGACCACGUCGCCAUCUUGGGGGACACGGUCGAGAAGAUUGCCUGGCACAAGGCCGGCAUCAUGAAGACGGGCUGCCCGGCCUUCACCAUCGAGCAGCUCCCCGGCGCGAAGCAAGUGCUGCUCAACCGCGCCAAGGAGAAGAACGUCGACCUCAAGGUCUUGAAGAUUGAUCCUCGGCUCGAGGGCGUCAAGAUCAGGCCCAACGCAGUCUUUCAGAAGAAGAACGCGACGCUGGCCAUUGCGCUCGCCGAGACGGUCCUGACGAAGCUCGGCCUCCUCAAGGAGAAGCUUCCCCAAGAGAAGCUCCCGCAGGAAUUCGUCGACGGCCUGGAAAAGUGCGUCUUCAGGGGCCGAUGCGAGGUCAAGCAGGAGAAGAAUGUCAUCUGGCACCUCGACGGCGCGCACACGGCAGACAGCCUGAAGAUGUCGUCCAAGUGGUUCGCCAGCGAAAUCGCCGGCCGGACCGGCCCCAGAGUCAUGAUCUUCAAUCAGCAAGGCCGCAUUGAAGCAAUCGACUUCCUCCAACCCAUCUGCACCACCCUCAAAGCCCUCAACACCUCCUCCUCCGCCUCCGCCUCCGCUUCCAACGAACAACAACAGCAGCAGCAGCAAGACAGACCGGCCUUUGACCACGUCGUCUUCUGCACAAACGUCACCUACGCCCAGACCGGCUACAAGCGCGACUUCGUCAACAACACCAUCGACCCCGCCGAGGUCGACAAGCUCACCGUCCAGCGCGCCUUUGCCGACAAGUGGUCCGCCAUCGAUCCCCAGGCCAAGGUCGUCGUCCUGCCGACCAUCGAGGACGCGCUGAACUACGCGCGCGAGGUGGCCAGGAGCUCUUUGCCUGAGGCUGAGGCUGCAGCGGGAGAGGACAAGGACAGCAAGGUGCUGGUGUAUGUUACGGGGAGUUUGCAUCUCGUGGGGGGCGCGUUGGGGAUUCUUGAGGAGACGGAUGCUUUGUAA